CAACUCCAUACUACACAACACUCUUCACGAUUGGCACCAACUCUUGAAUUGAAAGACAAGAUAAUUGACAAGUGAUGGACAAAACAAUUCAUUGUAUUCCAGGCGAUUGUCUGGUGAAGAGUGACGAGUGGAUGACUGGUCUGAAGGGCACGUAUUCACGCAAUGGUUAUAUCUAUGCCUCAAUCGCCGGAAUCGUUCAACUGGUCCACAAUAAUGACAAUACGAAGACCAUAGAAGUGGUGACAGUGAGCGGUGAUGGGAACAGACAUUUGGUGCCACAAUUGGGAUCAAUAGUGACGUGUCGGGUGCUGUCAAUCACAAGCAAUUUGGUUCGCCUGAACAUCCACUGCAUUGAGGGACAGGUCCUGAAGCAGCCGUUUAGGGCUCUGUUGAGGAAAGAGGACAUCAAAGAGGUGGACAGCGAGAAGACACAGAUCUGCAACUGU